AUGGAGAGACUACACAUUUCAAAAGAAAAUUCAUUAGUUUUCAUAACCUAUAGUACAGGCAAACGAUUGGUUCCUUCUUUAGACACAACUACAAAUGACUCUAGCAAAGAAAGGCUAAUGAGAUCUACUUUAUUAAUGUUCAUGAGGAAUAACGAUACCUUCCAUAGCAAGUUCACAAAGAUUAUACCUAAUAAUAUUGAUGGCGUCUUAGUGAUUAAAUUAUUUAGCGUCGAAUCACCUAUCCUAUUUGCGAUGAUAGAGGCACAGACUCUUAAAAGAGAUUACUUGCUACACGCACGCAGAUUACAUGCCCUAAAAGGACUAGACAACUGGAAAUGGGUCAGAGUUGAACUCUUAAGACGCAAACCGAGGGAAUAUUCAUCUGAUCACCCCACCAGGGAUUUCUCCUUUCAUCGACUAUAUCUUUCAUAUCCGUAUAAGAAUGAUUUGCUACAUACUAUUACACAGAUUUCCACACCUGGCAGCUUCACACCAAACUAUGAACAUGAUGACCUUCUAGUCUGUGCUCCUUCAUCCUGUUUCCACUUGAAGUCUCGAGAUUUUCCAGAGAUUUCAUCAAGCUGCACCAUCAUGUGCGGGUCUUAG